AGCAGCCUAAAGGACACAAGGUCUGAACUGAACCGUUAUACACCGUUACGCCUGCGGGGAACGAACUUCAUAACCGGCUAGAUCUCUCAGAAGAACCGCUUCAUAAAGUCUUAGAACACCGUAAAGAUGUUUCUCAGUUGUCUGCUUGUGGUAUUUCUCUUUGGAGUGACAACAUCAGAUCCAGGCACUACCCCCACAUACAACACUUUGACAGCUUCUUCAGAAGUGACUACACCAAGAGAAAAUGCUACAGCAGAAUCUAAUACAAACCUCGUCAGCAGCAAAGUUACAGCGGACGGUGACGUAACCACCUCCAGCCCAGCUUCCUCUGCAUCACCUCCAGCUUCCUCAGCAUCACCUCCAGCUUCCUCAGCAUCACCUCCAGCUUCCUCAGCAUCACCUCCAGCUUCCUCAGCAUCACCUUCAGAUUCCUCGGCAUCACCUCCAGUGUCCUCGACAUCACCUCCAGUGUCCUCGGGAUCACCUCCAGUGUCCUCGGCAUCACCUCCAGCUUCCUCGGCAUCACCUCCAGCUUCCUCGGCAUCACCUCCAGCUUCCUCAUCAUCACCUUCAGAUUCCUCAGCAUCACCUCCAGUGUCCUCGGCAUCACCUCCAGUGUCCUCGGCAUCACCUCCAGCAUCCUCAUCAUCACCUUCAGAUUCCUCGACAUCGCCUUCAGCAUCCUCUUCAUCAACUCCUGCUUCCUCAGCAUCAUCUCCAGCUUCCUCGGCAUCACCUUCAGCGUCCUCUUCAUUACCUCCAGCUUCUUCUGCAUCAUCCUCAGCUUCCUCUGCAUCACCCUCAGCUUCCUCUGCAUCACCUCCAACUUCAUCUGAAUCACCCCCAGCAUCCUCUGCAUCACCCUCAGCUUCCUCUGCAUCACCUCCAGUGUCCUCUGCAUCAUCUCCAGCUUCCUCUGCAUCACCUCCAGUGUCCUCUACACCAUCUUCAGCUUCCUCUGCACCACCCUCAGCUUCCUCUGCAUCACCUCCAUCUUCCUCUGCAUCAUCUCCAGCUUCCUCGGCAUCACCUCCAGCUUCCUCUGCAUCACCCUCAGCUUCCUCUGCAUCACCCUCAGCUUCCUCUGCAUCACCUCCAGCUUCCUCAGCAUCACCUCCAGCAUCCUCUGCAUCAUCUUCAGCUUCCUCUGCACCACCCUCAGCUUCCGCUGCAUCAUCUCCAGCUUCCUCGGGAUCACCUCCAGCUUCCUCUGCAUCACCCUCAGCUUCCUCUGCAUUACCCUCAGCAUCCUCUGCAUCACCCUCAUCUUCCUCUGCAUCACCCUCAGCAUCCUCUGCAUCACCUUUAGCUUCCACUGCAUCAUCUCCAGCGUCCUCUGCAUCACCCUCAGCUUCCUCUGCAUCAUCUCCAGCAUCCUCUGCAUCACCCUCAGCCUCCUCUGCAUCACCCUCAGCUUCCUCUGCAUCACCCUCAGCAUCCUCUGCAUCACCCUCAGCAUCCUCUGCAUCAACCUCAGCAUCCUCUGCAUCACCUUCAGCUUCCUCUGCAUCACCUCCAGCCUCCUCUGCAUCACCCUCAGCAUCCUCUGCAUCACCUUCAGCUUCCUCUGCAUCAUCUCCAGCGUCCUCUGCAUCACCCUCAGCUUCCUCUGCAUCAUCUCCAGCAUCCUCGGAAUCACCCUCAUCGUCCUCUGCAUCACCCUCAGCUUCCUCUGCAUCAUCUCCAACUUCCUCUGCAUCACCUCCAGCAUCCUCGGCAUCACCCUCAGCUUCCUCUGCAUCACCUCCAGCAUCCUCUGCAUCACCUCCAGCAUCCUCGGCAUCACCUCCAGCGUCCUCGGCAUCACCUCCAGCUUCCUCUGCAUCACCUCCAGCGUCCUCUGCAUCACCUCCAGCUUCCUCUGCAUCACCUCCAGCGUCCUCGGCAUCACCUCCAGCUUCCUCUGCAUCACCUCCAGCUUCCUCUGCAUCACCUCCAGCGUCCUCGGCAUCACCUCCAGCUUCCUCUGCAUCACCUCCAGCUUCCUCUGCAUCACCCUCAGCUUCCUCUGCAUCACCCUCAGCUUCCUCUGCAUCAUCUCCAGCUUCUUCUGCUGUCACCACCCUUAGUCCCUCAACAGCAAGCUCAGGAGUAACUGUUCACACUGCAGUAACCAUGACUACAACUCUUUCACCUGAUGCUAGUGGCAUGACAACUGCCACUCCUAUCACCAACCCUUCCACCGCCACUGUCACUACCUUGCAGUCAACCCAGGUCACGAUCAGCAGCUCCACCACCGCAGCCCCACCCAUCCCCACGCUGAGUCCAGUCAUAGUGUGUCCUACCGUCCCAUGUCCACCUGGAAGCGUCUGUCUUAAUGGCACUUGCCAGUGUCUCUCGGGUACAUACCUGCUGAAUGGACGUUGUGUACCUGCCCAAGUGUUCCCAGGCCAGCUUCAUAUCACCUCCUUGCAAUUUCAAGAUGAAAUGCUCAACAGGUCCUCGAGCAUAUUCCAGCUGGCAGCAGCCAAUAUUUCAGCAGUGCUUAGUGGCAUUCUCAAGAAGAUGCCAGGGUAUAUACAGUCUGAUGUUGUGCAACUUGAACCAGGAAGCGUGAAAGCAACUAUAAAUAAUAUUUUUGGUGACAACACUGCCAAUCAAGAGUCUGUUGAUGAAGCCUUAAAGGAUGCUAUAGCCAACUCCAGUGGACUGCUGUCUCAAGCUACAUUUACAGGUACAAACCUGUGUGAGCAGAUCCCUUUACCUUGUGAUGUGUCCACUACAGUAUGCAGCAUUAUAACUAGCCAGCCAACAUGUUCCUGUAAAGAGGGCUACAUCUCCACUGUGUACUUGACCACUAGCUGCAAAGCAUGUCCAAGUGGGCAAAGGGCAGUGAAAAAUAUUUGCGAACCAUGUCCAUUUGGGUAUGCUGGAUUCAACUGCAAUGACUCGGCCCUGCUUGCAGUGGUGGUCAUCUCCUGUGUACUGGGAGGAAUUCUACUCAUCCUUGUCCUGGCUUUGCUCAUAUACUGCUGCUGGAGAACAUGCUCAAAGAAGAAGAAGAAGCAAGGCAUCACCAGCAGCCCUUACUCAACAGAAGACUCAAACCAGCCUUGGCCUCCUGGCAUCAUGCCCAUCCCCCGAGCCACCACUAAGUGGGAUGGAGCUCCUAUAGAGAUGACAGAAGGGGGCAGUCAGAAUGCCCUGGUGGACAAAAAGCAUCAAACCAAUGGAUUGUCGGGAUCAUAUGAUCUCAACCCAGAAGCAAUGAAGACCUUCAAAGGUAAAAACACGUCGCGGUACUCAUAUCUGGUUCAAGGUCAUGAAAAUCCUUACUUCUUACCAGGAGAUGAGAAGAAAAACUGAAACUAAAAAACACUAAAAUCUUCAAAUGAAGGAGGAAGAUGGUUUCAAAACACAGUCACUGGUUUGAAACUCUGGGACUACAGAUGCAUAUCCUGAGAAGAGUUAUUCAUAGAGACACUUUACCUUCUGAGCUUAUUUGAAUUAAUGAUGACUCACAAAGGAUGGUCGGAUGGAUGAAACUGGUUACCAAAGAUUCAUUUGUGUAUCAUGUCUGCUCUUAAUGGUUACGGCCAGUAGGUGUCACUGUUGCACAUUACAUUUACUAUAACAGAGUUUUAAUAACAGCACAAUUGGCUUUGUAUUUCUUUUGUCUCUUUUUUAUGCUUUGAUAAAAUCAUUCAAUAAAAUUUUAAAAUGAAGCCUCUUAUUUUGCUAAUUGCACUAAAGUGAACACUAAGGUUACCAUUAGUUUUUCUAUAAAUCGAUGGUAAAUUGAAUGUGGGCUUCUUAUGGGCUUCUUGCUGUUUCUCUCAAAGGAUAUAAUUUUUUUUUUUAAGCAAAUCUUGAAUGACUAAAGGGGCUGGAUCCCUGGUUGGCUGUAUUUAAAGGGAUUUAUGUUGUAGCAGUCUGUAUUUGUUGAAGCUGCACUUGCAAAAUGUGCCUUUUUAAUAGUCUGUUUGAUGAAUAGGAAACAUUGCGCUAAGCUGUUGAAAAAGCCUGUCUGCUUUUUUGGAUGUGCCAAAAAUCACUUGUAAACAUUUUUUUUUUUUUUUUAAGAUUCUCUAUAAAUAAUAUAUUUAUCUUUGUGCUUUUGAGAGAAUGCACUGUUUUAUAAGUGUAAGUUUUUGUAAAUAAUAAGAUCUCUUGGCAAGACUGUGCGUGCAUAUCCAGUGGAAAUAAA